AUGACUGCGAGCCCCCAUCACGCCGAACGCCUGUCGCCGCUGGUGCGGCGCAGCGCCCUGGGCGCCAUCAUCCUGCACAUGGUCGCCGUCGGCCUGACCAUGGGGGUGAUGUUUCCGAUCGCCGGCCUGACGCUGGAGGCGCGCGGCCUGCCGACCUGGGUGAUCGGGCUGAUCGCCGGCAUGCCGGCCGCCGGCAUCCUGGUGCUCGCGCCCCUCGCGCCGCGCCUGGCCGGGCGCUUCGGCGCCUUCACCACCAUGCUGGUCGGCCUGGCCGUCGGCUGCGCGGCCAUCCUGCUGAUGCCGGUUUACGACAGCCUGCCCGCCUGGGCCCUGCUGCGCUUCGUGAUGGGGGCCAGCCUGGGCAUUCCCUGGCUGCUGGGCGAGACCUGGAUCAACGCCCUCAGCCUGGAGCAGAGCCGGGGGCGGGUGGUCGCGCUCUAUGCCGCCGGGCUGUUCCUGGGCUUCGCCGGCGGGCCGAUCUCCCUCGACCUGGUGGGGAUCGAAGGCUUCGCCCCCUUCCUCGUCGCCGCCGGCGCGCUGGUGGCCGCGGCCUUGCCGCUCCUGCCGGUGCGCCGGCUGGCGCCGCCGCUGCCGGCGCAGCCCCGGAUGAAGGUACUGACCGUCGCCCGCCUGGCGCCGACCGUGGCGGCGGCCGGCCUGCUGGCGGGCUUCAGCGAGGCGGCGGCCUACGCCCUGGUGCCGGUCUACGGGCUGCGCGGCGGGCUGAGCGAGAGCGCGUCGCUGGGCCUGCUGACGGCCGUGAUCCUGGGCGGCAUCGUGCUGCAGUACCCGAUCGGCUGGCUGGCCGACCGCAUGGCCCGGCGUCUGCUCCUGGCCGUGCUGGCGCUGCUGGCGGCCUUCGUGGCGCUGCUCUGGCCGCUGGUGCUCGCCUCCUACCCGCUGGCCCUGGCGGUGGGCGUGCUGAUCGGCGGGCUGAUCCUGGCCUACUACUCGAUCGGCCUGACGCUGCUCGGCCAGCGCUUCGCCCUGGAGGACCUGGCCGUCGCCAACGCCGCCUUCGUGAUCUGCUACGAGCUGGGCACGGCGGUCGGGCCGACCCUGGCCGGGGCGGCAAUGGACCUCUGGGACCCGCACGGGCUGCCGGCCAUCCUGUCGCUGGUCUCCCUGCUCUUCGCGCUGCUCGCGCUGUCGCGCUGGCGGCGGGCGGAGGAUGAGCGGCGGGUCCCCGCGGCGCCGGAAGCCGGCCAGCCGGAGACGGGCGAAGCAGAGACGGGCGAAUCGGAGAAGGGCCAGGCCGAGAUCGGCCAGGCGGAGUCCGGUGGGCGCGAGGUCGAUCCCGGCGCCGAGGCGCGCGAGCUGGCCCGGGAGUCGAUCGAGAAGCUGCUGCGCGCCAUGGAGCUGAUGCUCGAUUCGAUCCCCCAGUACGAGGCGCCGGAGAUCACCGAGGAGGGGGACAUCAUCAUCCGCCGCAAGCGCGAGCCCGACGCGCCGCAGGGCGCGCGCCGCCGGGCAUGUCUUGCCGGCAUGAUCCAUAGCCCCUUCGACUUCGACCAGCCGACCCGGCGCGAUCCGCUCGGCGCCUUCGUGCCCGGCCCGCGCUUGGAGCUGGCGCCGCGCGCGCUCGGCCCGCUGAACGGCCUGACCUUCGCCAUCAAGGACGUCUUCGACACCGCCGGACUGGUCACCGGCUGCGGCAACCCCGACUGGGCACGCACCCACGCGCCCGCCACGGCCAACGCGCCGGUGGUCGAUCGCCUGCUGGCCGCCGGCGCGACGGCCGUGGGCAAGACCGUGACCGACGAGCUGGCCUACAGCCUGAACGGCCAGAACGCCCACUACGGCACGCCGACGAACAGCAACGCGCCGGGCCGCAUCCCGGGCGGCUCCGACACCGGCGGGUCCGUGCGGCUGCCGGCCAGCUACUGCGGCAUCUGCGGCCUGCGCACCACCCACGGCCGCAUUCCCCUGGAGGGGAUCAUGCCGCUGGCGCCUUCCUUCGACACCAUCGGCUGGUUCGCCCGCGACCCCGAGACCCUGGCGCGGGCCGGCGGGGUGCUGCUGCGGGCCGACCGGGACACCGGCGAUUUCACCCGCCUGGUGAUCGCCGAGGACGCGCUCGACCUGGCCGAGCCGGCGGCGGCCGCCGCGCUGGCGCCGGAGGUGCGGCGCCUGGCCCACCGCUUCGCGACGGUCGAGCGUGUGCGCGUCGGCGAGCCGGGCGGCGGGUUGGCGGCCUGGGCACAGGUCUUCCGCACGAUCCAGGCCCGCGAGAUCCAGCGGGUGCACGGCGCCUGGCUCGCCGCCACCGACCCGCGGUUCGGUCCCGAGGUGGCCGAGCGCUUCGCCUGGGCGAAGACGGUCACCCAGGCCGCCGCCGCGCAGGCCGAGUGCGCGCGCGCGGACUUCACCGCCCGGCUGGACGCGCUGAUGACGCCGGAGACCCUGCUGCUGCUGCCCUCGGCGCCCGGCAUUGCACCGCUCACCUCCGCCGGCGGGGCGGCGCUGCGCGAGCACCGCGACCGGGUGCUGAGUCUCACCUGUAUCGCCGGGCUGGCCGGGCUGCCGCAGAUCAGCCUGCCGCUCUUGCGGGUGCAGGGCUGCCCGCUGGGCCUGUCCUUGAUCGCGCCGCGCGGGCGCGACCGCGCGCUGUUGACCUUCGCAGCCGAGCUGGCGCCGCAGACCGCGCCCGGUCAGCCGGGCGGGCGGGACCUCGGCCGGGCGUGA